UAGAGUUUAACAUGAGUCUUCUUGGUGUGCAUAUGGACCAAUGAUAAUAUUAGAUUUUAUAGAUUUGUAAACUUUUAGCUGGUUUAAAGUUGUACUCAAACAUCAAGCAGACACAAACAGAAGUCAUUGUGAUAAUUAGAUGUACCAAAGUCAAUAAAACACUCUUAGUCAUUACAAAACAGAGCUUAUGGUACUGUGUGAAACCUUGCAUUCAUGCUGACCUGCUGUCGUCAUGCUUGAGUUCAUCUGAGAGGAAACUCUGCUCCUCUUUUAAACUUUCAUGGUGGACGCCCACAGUGGCAGACUGACCUCAUUAUCUAAGGUCCUGCUGAUUCAUACUGAUGUUUAUUUCAUGUCAGGAAGAAAAAAGAUGAGCUAAUAUUUUGAAGCUGUGACAUGAACAAAGAAUGUUGGUGACCACUUGGUUUGGUUUCCUAAUGCUGUUGUGGAAAAAGAUCUCCUUGAGUCUGAUGAAGAGAACAACUGAAAUAAACUAGUGCAUUUAGACACAGAGUCACGCUCCUGCAGGAGGGCUAACAGUUCCAGACUGACUGACUGACUGGGCAGUUGAGAGCAGGAUGUAUGUGUCGUAUGUGGCUGUGUGAGCUUGAGGAUGAUAAGCAGGAAUAGAGCAGGAAUAUUCAUGGAAUUUCAGCUCCUUUAAUGUCCUCAACUGUCCCAAAUUUUGUAUCAAAAGGGGAUUUCACGGGCAGGAUUUGUUCAGGAUGAAAGCUGUUCCCAGGGUUAGAUCAUCAUCAAAUAACUAAUUGAACUAAGCAAACUGAUCAGAAAAAUGAACGACUGAACAAACAUCAGCAUGAUAAGAACUACCAAAAAUGACAGAAACGUCUUUGGGAAAUUUUUAUUUGAUGUGUACAUUUGAGUUUGGUUCAUCAUCCCUUCUGCUAAUGUGGAGGGGGAGGAGUUUAUGAGCUGUACUGCAGCCAACCACUAGGGGGCAUCCAGAAGUUCUGCCUUCACUUUUGGGGACCUCUCAUGUCAUCCAUCUUUAUUUACUUUCAGUGGGUUCUUCAUUUAAGUAAAAGUAGUCUUGCAUUCAAAAUGUUACUUCAGUAAAGUGUCUGAGUAUUAUCAGAAAAAUCUACUAAAGGAAUCAAAAGCGAAAGUUCUCGUUCACCUCUAACCAGCGGCCAGUAAACUACAGUAUGUACACAGGUGCAAUCGUAACAUCGGCUGUAUGUGCAGUCAGCCAUGUAAUUGUGAAAGGAGGAGGAAACCACUGCCACUCCUUUUUUGCUCAUAUUAGCGAGACAUGACUAUCAAUCACUGAGACUUUUUCAGAUGAGGUCACGCUUUUUGAAAUAGAGUAUGAACUCACUUUGGUUGGGACUCGCAGCACAGGUGCACCAGGACAGCAGGUGAACCACAACAAACUGUUUUUCUAGUCUGAUAAUUAUACUGACUUUGAAAGGGUAAUGAUAGAUCUGCCGUUGUUUUGUCCAGUCGUAUUCAUUAUAAUGAAUCAGUUUUAAACUACUAUGCUGACCUCACUUUGUAUGUGCUUGAUGUUUAGGCUGCACACGCAGGCAUUUGAAACAGACAUAAUCAAGCCACCAGUUAAAUCUACCACAAAAAUGUAAUGAAAUUGUUGCUUUUGUGUGCACAGCGAAUUUGUUUUGAUGCAGAGGAGGCUCAUGUUAAACUCUACACAAGUUUUUUAUUUCACACUGGCCGCAUACUUUGACACCGGGCUGUUGAAGUACUUAUAUUUCAUGAUUUUUAUGUCUCUGUAUAUUUUUGUUCUUUGCUCCAAUCUCCUGCUCAUUGUGGUUAUCUGCAUGAACAGAAGCUUACAUGAACCUAUGUACAUUUUCCUGUGCAGCCUGUUUGUAAAUGAACUGUAUGGUAGUACAGGGUUGUUUCCAUUCCUGCUGGUUCAGAUCCUCUCUGACGUUCACACUGUUUCUGCUUCACUUUGCUUCCUGCAAGUUUUCUGUGUGUACUCUUACGGAGCUGUAGAAUAUUUAAACUUAGCCGUCAUGUCUUAUGACAGAUAUCUCGCGAUCUGUCAUCCUCUGCAAUACAACACACGUAUGACACACAACAGAGUUGCCUUGCUUAUUGCUCUAACGUGGUUUCUCAUAUUCCUUGUGAAUUUUCUUACAGUGCUUUUGAUUGUUCCUUUACAGCUGUGCGGGAACAUCAUUAACAAAGUGUAUUGUGACAACUACUCCAUUGUAAAACUGGCCUGCUAUGACACCACAGCUAAUAACAUCUAUGGACUGGUUGUUAGUGCCUGCUCAGUCUUUGGGCCUCUAAUUUUAAUCUUUUACACGUACAUGAAGAUUUUUAAAGUUUGUUUUUCUGGCUCUAAACAGACCAGACGAAAAGCUGUCAGUACCUGCACACCUCACCUGGCUUCUCUGAUUAACUUUUCGUUUGGAGCUUGUUUUGAAAUACUGCAGAGCAGGUUCAACAUGAACAGAGUACCAAAUACACUGCGAAUCUUUUUGUCUUUAUACUUUCUCACCUGCCCGCCGCUCUUCAACCCUGUAAUGUAUGGCCUGAAACUGUCAAAAAUCCGACUCACAUGUAAAAGCCUGAUUACAAAUGGACGCUAUUAGCAUUAGCAGCCACCGAACUGUGCACUGUAUUAGAAUUUGAAACAUAACGUACGUCGUUCAUACUUCAGUCUAUUAUGCAUUUGUAAAUACAGAGACUUGAUGUCCACAAUAGUAAUGCUGCAGCUGUACAGUUUAAUGUUGUGCUGGAUUUGAGAAAUGAUCUGAAGCAGAAUGGAAAUCAAUUUAGUUUUAAGUAAGACAGUGUCCGAGCAGUAACCAACAUAAACAAAUAGAAUUAAGCCGUUUUCUUGACUUGCAGCGUAAUAGUUUCGGAACGUUUCAGUGGAGGUCAGUUGAGACAGAGGUCAAAUCUUUUGAGUUUUCACACAUCAGGCAGGUGAGGCCAGGUACAGGUGUCCUUUGUGCACUUUGUGUUUGCUUUAAAGUUACUGAACGUCAGUUCUGCCUCUGGGUCUGCAUCCUCUCAAAAUCAUGCCAGAUAUGGCUACAAUAAGAAUUAGACAUCACAUAUUUAUGUUUGUACAAGAUGUUGUUUCUUAAGGUCGUCCUGCUUGGAGGACAGAGGGAGCAUCGACUGUAACAAGAGUUAAAAACCUCAUCCCAGUUGCCUAAAUGACCAUGAAAGACUCAUCAGCUCUAGCACCUCCUCACUAAGUUUGUUAAAUCCUUUUUUCCCUGUUUUUGCG